UGUUUGGCGUUUGUUUAGCAUUCAAGUUCGCACCGGUAUGAAAAACCCGCGGAAAACAGCGUAGAAACUGGAAAACCCGUUGGAAUCCGGGACAUAUAUUACGCCUUAUGUGAUAUUUAAGUGCACAAGAAAAACGAAAACAGCAUGUCUCAAUCGGUUGUGGGAAAGAUAGCGUCCGUUUCGUUGAAAGAUUUUGUCACGUACGAUUCGGUUGUACUGUAUCCGGAUGAAUAUCUGAACAUAAUCCUCGGACCGAAUGGAACGGGAAAAUCUGCUAUCGUGGCCGGGAUCGUGCUCGGGAUGGGUGGCAACUGCAAGCUGCUUUCCAGAUGCGACAAUAUCGACAGCUACAUAAAGAAUGGAAAAGAAAGUGCCACUAUUCGCAUCUCGAUUUACCGCGACCGGCAGCGUGCCGUCCGGUGGUUCAGCCGCUCGUUCAACCAUGACCGUGUGAAUACGUUCGAAAUCGACGGCGAGGUGGUUUCCCAGCAAGCGUACCUACAGCAGAUCCGAGCCUUCAACAUCCAGGUAGACAAUCUGUGCCAGUUCCUACCGCAGGACCGUGUACAGGACUUUACCAAGAUGAAUCCACGCGAACUGCUCAUCAACACACAGUCCUCCGUCUGUGCGCCGGAAGUGCAGGAAUGGUUUAAGGAGCUCAAAGAAAAGCGUGUGCUGCAGAAGAAUUGUAACGAGCAGGGUUUGGAAGGGGCGGCCCGGGUACGAGAGCUGGAAGCGCGCCUGCAGGAUCUAGAGCAACAGCUACAAACGUUGCGUGCACGGGAAGAGUUCCAGCAGCAGAUACAGGUGUGCCAGGCCAGGAAGACGUGGCUCGAGUACGAGGAACUGUUUUUGCUGUACACGGCCACACAGAAGGAUCUAAAGGUAGCUAAAAAAAUGAACGACGACAAGGAACGGGAAUACAAUCAGUACAAAGCGGAAAUGGAAGCAAUUAUAGCCCGCAAGCAAGAGCUGGAAAAAUCUAAAGCUAAACAGAUAUCGAUCGCCCAACGCUGCACGGAGGAGAUCGGCAGUUUGGAGGAGAAAACGGAACGGCUAGAAGAUAGCAUCGGAAAGCAAAAGCGCGACCUGAUGGACGCACUCGCGAAGGCGGACGAACGAAAAUCUGAGCUAGAGGAAGCCAAGGUCGUUCUUGCCGCGUUCGUGCAGGAUUGUGCCGACACCGUAACCGCGCUCGGGUCGGAAGAACAAAUCCGUCAGAAGAUUUCCGGCAUCGAUGCGAAGGAAAGCAAAAUCCGGGGUGAAAACGAUCUGCUCAUGGGUCGGCGCCAGGAGUUGAAUCAAAAGAUCGAAAGCGAUCUCAAGCCGGAGAUGAUGAGCAUCGAGCGUAACAUCGCGACGAUCGAAAACGUAGCUAACGCGAAGCUGAAGAUCCUGCAGACACGCUUCGAAGGCACGUACAGGGCUGUGCUUUGGUUGCGCGACAAUCAGCACCUGUUCCAGGGCAAAAUCUACGAACCGAUGAUACUGGAGCUGAACGUACCGGUGCUGGAGAAUGUUCCGUUUCUGGAGAACACGAUCGGGGUGCGUGAUUUGAUUGCGUUUACGUGCGAACACACGGAGGAUAUGAACCUAUUUCUGAAGAAAACCCGGGAAGAGAUGCGCAUCGAGGGUGUGAAUGCGAUCCAGAGCGAUCCGGCCGAGGAGUUGCACUAUAAGCCACGGUACCCGAUCGGUAGCUUGAAGCGAUUCGGCUUUCACACCUAUCUGAUCGAUAUGCUGGAGGCACCGUUUCCGGUGUUGAACGGGCUGUGUAAGCUUUACGGGCUGCAGAACAUUCCCGUCGGUGGAGCCGACUCGGCCAAGUACGUGUCUUCGCUGCCGGAUGAGAUUUCGGUUUUCUUCACACCGUCCCACCGGUUCCAGGUGUCGAAAUCACGCUAUACCGGGGAAAAAUCGACCCGUAGCGAUGCAUUGCAGGUGAAGAAUCUACUAAACCGAUCGACCGAUCAUGCACUUCUCGCUCAGAAGCGUCAGCAGUUGCAGCGCUUGGUGCGGGAGUGUGACAAGAUCCGUAACCAUCGGGGACAGAUUGAGAACAACAUUAAGGAGCUGCAGGAACGGUGUACGGAGCUGCGCCAGGAGAAGCGCGAGCUGCAGGAACAGUUGCAAAAGUACCAGCAGACCAAGAUGAAAGUGAAGCGACAGGAGCAAAAGUGUACGGAGCUCACCGCUCGGCUGGUAAACGUGGACGAGGAACGGUCCAAGUUUGAACGAUCAUGCCACACCAUCCUUGAGCAGCUGCUGGAAGAACAGCGGCGCAAGAUACAGGCGCUAGAACGCUACGCAGCGGCGAGCCGGGAGCACGAUCUGCUGGAGCAACGCAUCCGGCUGUUCGAGGAGCGAAACAACGAUCGGGAAGCAAACUUCCGCGUGCUGGAGGACGCGUACCAAUCGGCCCGGAAAACGCUCGCCAGCGUGGAGAGGAAGCUGGCCGACGUUAAGGAGAAAUCGUCGAAGAAGAACAGUGCCGCCCGUGCGCUGACCGAAAACAAAGCACCGGAUAAGCCGGAUUUCCCGUACAAGCAAGAGUUUGCCAAACUGCCGGCCACGAUCGAGCAGCUCGAUGCGCAUCUGGACGAGCUGCGGGUACGGUUCGAGUGUUUGCCGCAAGGAAACCAACAGGCGGCCGAUGAGUACCAACAGAUGAAGCAGCUGAUGGAAAAGCUACGGUCCGGUGUUAGCAGUACGGAGCAGAAGGUGGCUUCCCUGGAGCAGGACAUGUCCGCGCUGCACGACCGCUGGUUCCCGGAGAUACAGCGCGUGGUACAGAACAUCAACGGGAAGUUUGCGCACUUUAUGAGCUCGAUGGGAUUUGCCGGUGAAAUCGAGCUGAUACGGCAGGACGAGCGCGAUUACGACGAGUAUGGCAUCCGCAUCUACGUGAAGUACCGCAACGAAGAGAAGCUGAGCGCCCUCGAUCGUAAGCUUCAGUCGGGCGGCGAACGAGCGGUCGCCAUUGCGAUCUACACACUGUCGCUGCAGCACAUGACCCAGGUACCGUUCCGGUGUGUGGACGAAAUCAACCAGGGAAUGGAUCCGACGAACGAACGGAAGGUGUUUAACAUGCUGGUGGAUGAAACGUGCCGCGAAGGUCAGUCGCAGUACUUCUUCGUGACGCCGAAGCUGCUUCCGCGGCUCAAGUACAACGACAAAAUGAACGUGCUGAUCGUGCACAACGGGAAGUACAUUGAGAAUCCGGACGUUUUCAUCGCCAACGGCAACAACAGUGGACGGGCAUGACGGAAGGAGUUGGAGUAGGAGGUGGGUUUGGAUGUAAAAAAGCGGGUGAGUAAAAAUCAGAAUCUUUAUCUUUAUUAA